AUGACUGAGAAAGAUGCCGAAGUCGGCGCGGCUGUUGGGCUAGACACCAAAGAGACAGCUGUCGACAAAAACCAAGAUGACUCGAUGGUGAUUUUUGCCGGGUCGGGCGUUGGUGAGGUCUUUGGGUACUCGGACGGCGAGGCGAGAACCGUUCGUUGGAAACUGGAUCUUAUUUUACUUCCCAUGAUGUGUAUGACAUACAUCCUCUCGUUCAUGGACAAGGUGGCUCUAUCUGAAGCCUCCAUCUUCGGUAUCGAGAAAAGCGAUCACUUGGUCGGUCAACAGUACAGCUGGGCCAACGGGAUUUUCUACUUUGGUUACCUCUUUGCGCAAUACCCUAGCUCCAUUCUCAUGCAGAAGCUGCCCAUUGGCCGAUACUUCGGCGCGAUGAUCAUUCUGUGGGGUGUUGCAACAACAUGCACUGUCGCGACAAACUCAUUCGCAACUCUCGCCGUGUGUCGGUUUUUCCUGGGUGCUUUUGAGACGUGUAUCACGCCGAUCUUGACGAUUUUGGUCGGUCAAUACUGGACACAAAAGGAACAGGCAUUGCGUGCCUGUAUAUGGUGGACUGGGGGUGGAAUCGGUGGUUUUAUCGCCGACUCGAUCACUUAUGCCGUAUCGGGAGGGGCCUUGGCGGGCUCGAAGUAUGAGACAUGGCAGAUUGUGUUCCUUGUCUUCGGUCCCGUUAGCAUUGCGUGGGGUGUUGUGCUGUUCUUCUUUUUGCCUACGUCUCCGAUGACAGCUUGGUUCUUGACCGAAAGGGAACGCAAGAUCAGUGUCAUGAGGGUUGCUUCUAACCACGCUGGCAUCGAGAACAGAAAAUACAAAAUCUAUCAGGUCAAGGAAGCGCUUCUGGAUUUCCAGGUGUGGAUGCUGUGUGCGCAAGCCUUCCUGCAGUGUAUCCCCGGUGGAGGCCUGACCGCGUUUGGAAAGCUCAUUCUCACGGGAAUGGGAUACUCGGACCGGGAAAGCAUAGUCCUGUCUUUUCCGCAAGAUGGUGUCCAACUUGUUUCUACGGUCUUCGCUGGUGUGGUCUCACAGCUACUGCCUAAUACCAGAUGCGCAUUAAUGAUUUUCGCAAACGCGAUUGUGCUGAUUGGCAGCGCUCUGGUUGAAAAGCUGCCCGCUUCACAAGGUUUCGGCCCACUUUGCAUCAUCUAUGUCAACACUAUUCCAUACAUUAUGUGCAUGAGCUUGAUGUCGUCGAACAUCGGUGGGUUCACUAAAAAGGCCACAUGCGGAGUUAUGAUGUUCAUGUCCUACAGCGUGGGCCAGAUCGUUGCCCCGCAGUUCUUCAUCUCCUCACAAGCGCCACGAUACCCCACGGGGUUCCGCGCCUUCUAUGUCAGCGUCGCGCUCAUGAUUGUUAUUGAAGUGCUCUUGUUUCGAACCAACCUCGUGGAGGCGACUCCGGGCUUCGUUCGAGCACAGCGGCGACAGUGCGUCCCCCUCUCGGGCCCGUCGUCGCUCCCUGCCAUCCUCCGCCCCUCCGCCGUCCGCCUCGCCAACCCCAUCAACCACGUCCCUCGAAUCACCCCGAUCGCCAUCCCGCCUGCGAACGCAUCCGACGAGAAUCUCGCCUUCGCACCCCACUCUCCUCUCCUCAGUGUCCCCGAACGACGGCGCAGUCGUUUGACCCCGUCCCCGACAUCCCCAACCAGUCUCAUCGUUGAACGAAGUCAGGGGGAGACCGAAAGUGGACGCACCAGCAUCGCCCUACCUCCACGUCACAGACGUUACGAACAAUUAUCACCUACCGCCAUGGCUGCAGCAUUCGCUGGAAGUGCGGCGCGAGAGGUCGAGAACCUGCGACCACCAGAAGCGGUUCAUUUAACCGAAGAUGGAAGUCGUCGAGAUGACGGCCGGCCGCGCCAUAUGCAGUCACAAACCUCCCUCCGAUCACAAUCCCAAAUCGCUUCCGUUCCCUCCCACACUGGCCAGGCCCCUCCUGAGAUCGCUGAAGAAUUGGCCUGGGGCCCCGCCCAUCCAUGCUAUCCUCACUUCAACCCUCACGUCCCCAUUGGCUCUCAGGAAUAUCUCACAACACGCGUUAUUCGCAUUCGGCGCGACUGGAUGAUCAAGGGCGAUCUGGCGCCGACAUUCUCCAACCUGUACCCUGAGAUUUUGGAUCCGUUACUAUCGGAACAAGAGUUUCGCAAAGUAAUUGCGACGGUCAACGACGGCCUGAUCAAGGCAUUCGACCCGUAUAGCCUAAGAAAUUGGUUUGACGGAGCACUCGGCCUGCUGACGGGCUGGAUUUGGGAUGAUUUGAACGCCCCUAGCAUUAAGGGUCAAUUACAACAUGUCGAGGACUGGCUGGAAAAAUGGAACCGUGAAGUGGGUUCCAAAGAUGGCGUGCACAUUUGGAGCCUGCGACGGACGGCAUACAUGUCGAUCGACAUCCAGAUCCCUGAUCCCAAGGUUGGCAUCGUCCCUAGUGAGGGUGGCCCCUCCUUACCAAAUACCAGGCCCAGCACUGGCAUGGGCAUGGGCAAUUGA